CGCUUGACCUUGCGAAUGAUACCAAAGGACCCAUGGCCUAUACAAUGUCAGUACGCGUCUCCCGUCAUACUCCCAGGUCCGGCCGUACCAAUCUUCUCGAGCACAUCGUACUUUUCUUCCUCGGGCAUGGUGAAGGUAUUGCUAUUGCUCAAAAGACAUGCAAUUAUGGAAUGUAGGUAAGGGUAGCAAGCUGCUGGGUUAGUAGAGGUCGAAGGUAGUGACGGGUGUAGAUUAUGUACAAUGAAUGGGUGGGAUGGAAGCCAGGUUUCCUUGGUGUUUGGGCCUGUUUACGCUAACGCCCGUCAACCCAGCAACGCCCACGUUUUGCAGUUGCCAGGUGGGACGCACCCUUGUCACCGGCCUUAUCGAUAGCACGCCGAUCUACGCCGCCACUCGUCAUCGCAUAACAAUCAGUAGUCACUCUCGCAAUAUGUCGGGGCCAGCGAGUGAAUCCACUUUUUGCCACAGCCAUGGACGUCAAGAAGAAGUACGAGAUCGAGGCGGCCCUCGCGACAGAAGCCCAGGCCAUCUCGUCGGGCCAGCUCAAGGAAGAGAACCCGCUAGACUUGAGCGAUGAUUUCAGGGUCUUUUGUGAGGCUUGUCGGAGGGGAGACUUAAAGGUUUGCCAGGAGAUGAUCUCGACGGGUGUGAACAUCAACGCCAGGGAUAAAUUCGAUUAUACACCUCUUAUCCUAGCUAGUCUCUGCGGUCACUACGAAGUCAUAAGGUUGCUCCUUGAAAACGGCGCACUCUGUGAAAGAGACACUUUUCAAGGGGAACGAUGCCUGUACAACGCCCUCAACGACCGUAUACGCAACUUGCUAUUAUCCUACGAUUACGCGAAAGCUUCCAACCCCCUCCAACCGCUGGCGGCGCACAUUACUUCACUCCUCACGAGGACUUCGCCUAAGACGACAGACAUCACAAUUACAGCCUAUGGUCAAGAAUUCCAUCUUCAUAAAUUCCUCCUCGCGGCACGAUCGCCGUACUUUGCGAAGAAGCUGGAAGCAGCACCGAACACGGCCUCGUGGAAGCUACCAAACACCAUACCCGCAGAGUCGCUAGGCGUGGCAUUGCAGUAUCUCUACUUCCAAGAAGUCUCAAUACGCAGAGCGUUACAUGGAUUGAGUGAUGAGCAGGAGCUAGUGGUGCUAAGCGGCAUAGAUAAGAUUGGCAAGCAGCUAGAGAUAGAACGUUUGUUCGAAGAUAUUACAGAAGUCUCGGAUCGAAGAUUGUUGCGUCAGCGACGCGCGGAGGAAUUGGAACGGGGCCGAGAUCAACUAGAAGGCUGGUUCAAGAACAACGUCCUCCGGCACAAGCGGGUCGUAGACACUGCAAAGGUGGACAACAUACAAUGGGACCGGGAGAACUCCAUCUUCGCCGACAUACUACUGCGUGCCGACGAUGAUGACGAGGAUCAAGAUUCCGAGGGCACCGAUCGGUCACCAGGGCCAUCAGAGUCAUCCACGCCACCUGUGCGAAACACUCCAGGUCCUCUGUUAGGAAUACCAGUCGGACCUGGUCGCGCACGUUCGAGGUCGCCUUCGCGUCAACAAGCGCCUCGUAAAUCAACUAUCUUCCCCGCGCACCGAGCUAUGCUAUUGCGUUCUGAGUACUUCCUGACCAUGUUCAGCUCGCAGUUCAAGGAAGCACAAGACACACCGCAUCUACAGAUUGUGACUAUCGACUGCUCGCCAGCAGUUUUGGAGACUAUCCUUACAUUCAUGUAUACCGAACGUGCUGACUUUGGUUUGGAUAUUGCAAUCGAUGUGCUCUUUGCGGCAGAUCAGCUCUUCAUCGAGAAGCUGAAGCAACGCGCCGCUAUUAUCAUUUCCGCACUGGGUAACGGCGCAACCUCAGCAGUCGAGUCAGAUAACCCACGGGGUGCUACAGAUGCAGAUGAAGCAGUGGACAUCUAUGAAGUCAUCCGAGCCGGGUGGGACACAAGAGUACAGCGGCUUGAAGAAUUUGCUGCGCGAUACAUCGCCUACCGGCUGGAACACUACAUAGACCAACCUGAGUUUGCAGAGCUAGUCCAGGAAUCUGCAAAUCGCGUCAAGGCACGUCAAGAGACCGAUACUGUCGAACUCGUCGACGACAUCCGAUACUACCUGUCGGAACGAUUCAGGCUUCGCUUUGAGGACAGCGGGCUGGAUGAGAUGAUGGAUGAGAACGCAGCUAUGCAAGCCAGUGCCGAUGGAGAUCUUGUUGAUGCUAUGGGCGAUUUCGCGCUAGAGGACGGUAUACCUAAUAAGGUGCAGCAAGAUGAGAACAUGGCGUCGGUCGAGCAGCAAAUUGCUGCUGGUGUCAUUAGAAAUCUGGAUGGCGAGGAAGUCGGUGAUGAAUUUGCUCAAGAUGCGAUGAACUAUCAAAUCCUGCUAGGGAAGAUAGAUACGUUGCUUGAGAAGCUAAACUUGGAUGCUUAGACAGAGAAUCCAACCAAGCUUCAUGCUAGAUGCAAAUUCACUUGCAUGGACCGUAGCCCUUCAAGGCACACGGUCUUGCUGUCGUGCCGCAA